CAUCUUUCGCUCUUUGUAGCCUACACCCUUACGAUAUGUCGACACAAAGACCCCCAACAGUGUCGAUUGUUGGCGCCGAACUGGGCGGCCUCAUGCUGGGAGCCCUGUUGGAGCGCAUCAAUAUCCCGUAUCAUAUCCUUAAGCGUGCUACCGAAGUGCGGCCGCUGGGGUCCGCCAUGACACUCGGUGCGUCCAUCCUUCCAGUCUCCGAGCAGCUCGGCCUUCUGGAGAAGAUCAAGCAAGCCUCACUUCCUUGCUGCUCUCUGGAUAUUUAAAAUGCCGAGCUCAAGAAACUUGGUUCCAUUGACGUAAAGGGUCAUGAGGAAGUCACUGGAUAUGGGAAUUUCAUUUUCGCAAGACCCAUGCUUUACGACCUUAUGAAGAAACAGGUCCCUGCGCAUAGGAUCACCAUGGGCAAGAAAGUUGUCCGGACAGAGGAA